AGUUCGCUGGAGCAGGGCAUAUCAUCAGGAGCAAUGUCUUCGCUCUACUUAUGUGGUCUAAUUUUGCUGCUUGUACCAUGUAUAUGUCUUGUUGGAGGCAGUCAGAUUGGUGGGUGGACAAAGCUCUCUAUGUUCCCGGUAUGUUUUGAGGGUCAAGCUAAUCGCUAUGGCCACUUUGUGUACAUGGGUGAAUCGAAACUCGUGGCCGCCAUAAAGCUGGUGUACUUAUCAGGAAACAUAAGGUGUGUUAAGGACACGGCAUACAACAGUCACUGGGGUUGUCAUCACUACUCAUCAUACAUUAACUACCCCCUUAACGUUGUCAUCACUGAUCAAGAAAACAACAUCCUGUACCCUGAAUCCAGUUACUUCAAAAACGCUGGCUUGUGGUAUUAUCUUCCUGGUACGGAUGACCUCGUCACCAGUGAGUUGGUGUUUGUGAACUACGCCAUCCCGUUUUGGCUGGAAAAACAUCGACAGCUGAGGAUCUGGUACGGCGAGGAUCUCAAAAACUGGAACGAGGGCGAUAAUCAAGGCCGAGUAUGCGUGGCAGUGUUCGCCAAAUUUUAUGACUGAAUUACAUCAGUGAAAUAAAAGCAUUAUUAUCGAUAAA